AUGUUGAAAUUUGGUUGGAUACUUAUAUGGAAAUAUUCUCAACAGUGUAUUUUAAAAAAUGGUUACAAAAAAUUUAAUGAUAAGAAUAUAGUAAAAAGAUUUUACCUUAAUAAUAAUAUAAUUUAUAAAAUAAAUAAUAGGAAAUAUAAUUUUUUCAACUACUGUAAAAGUUCCUACCAAAAAAAUUAUGCUCUCCGUCUAUUACAAAAAGAAAAUAUAAGUACAAAAAGAAGAAGAUAUUUUAAAAUAAGAAAACAUCAAAAAAAAAAAUAUAAAAAAAAAAGAAUGGGAUUGUCUACAAUUCCAUGGAUACCUACAAAAGAAAAAAUCAGAACUUAUAAAUUACCUCGACAAAGUAAACUUAUAAAUAAAAGAUUUAUGAGAGAUAAUAAAGGAGGUCGUCGUUAUCGUUUGAAGAAACAAAGAUAA